AUGCCGGAGAGAGAAUACAUCAAGUGUUCGCCUCUUCCCUCCAAAUACAAUACACGCAACCAUCCGAGAAUCGACAUCCUCAAGCCUGGGCACAGAAGUUCGGAAAGCUUCAGAGUCUUCGAGAAACCGCUUAACAAGCCAACAGUGGCAUAUGAAGAUGCCAUGAAAUCCGCGCUUGCUCAAACAUCGGUAUUCACCGACCUAUGUGGAAAAGGAGCUGAGAAUCGCGUGUUCCACUUGCUAGAGCGAGGUGCAAAGGUCAACGAACCACCAGCUGAAGAAGGCGGACGAACUCCACUUCAAGCAGCCGCUGAGGGCGGUCAUCUGAAAAUUGUUGAGAUACUGCUAGCGCACGGUGCCGAUGUCAAUGGAGCUGCAGCUCCUUUCAAGGGCAUAUCUGCACUAGCUGCCGCAGCGGAUCGAGGCCAUGUGGCAGUGGUAAAGAUGCUCCUUGCUCGUGGUGCGCACGUAAAUGCCGUACUUCCAGGCUGGAGAGACUACUCAUCAGCGCUCCAAUAUGCGUGCAAAGCAGGCCACACUGAGAUAAUCCGUUCUCUUUUAGAGGCUGGGGCCGAACCCAACAACAAGAAGUGGAAGAGUGCAAGUCCGCUAUGCCUAGCUGCAGAACAUGGCUUCCUGGAAGCAGUCCAAUUGUUGCUCGAAUACGGGGCAGAGGUUGACAAUACAGCUUCUUUGGAGCUGGACCACGGUCGUCCACGGGGUACUACACCUCUUCACGAGGCUACCACAAAACAACACAAAGAAGUGGUGGACUUACUACUAAGACAUGGCGCAGAUCCUGCCAUUGUCGAUGCAGGGCAAUCCUCGCCCUUACACAUCGCCGCUGCGUUCGCCGACCAGGCUAUCUUCCAGCUCCUCCUAGCAAGUCCGCGAAUCUGCAAAUUUGUCGAGAUGAGGGACAAGUACAAGGCCGCAUUAAUGCAAACGAUAUGCAAGGACGGAUCGUUCGACAGGAUCAACCACUUUCUCGCAAGGGUGCCUGGCCCUCGCGACCACUUCUCUCUCAAAUGCUGGGCGGUGUUUUUCUGCUGCGGAUUUGGCUACACAAAAACUGUUGAAGAGUUGCUGGGUCUGAAUCUGAGCCCCAACUUCAGUGUUUCCAGUGAUGCGACUCGCCUCGUAGGUUACCAAGCGGAGACGUCGCUUGAGCAUGCCAUCCUCAAGGGACAUACGGAGGUUGUUGAACUGCUGCUAAAGCGUGGUGCCAUCGUAUCUUCGUCCGGCGGGUUUAGACUCUCGAAGGAGAACCCAAUCCUCACAGCAGCCUCUAAGGGCUUUCUCGACAUUCUCAAGCUUCUACUGGCCAACGGAGUCUCCUUUGACCAGGCGCUACAGUCCGAAGCGAUGCAGAAGGCUGCUAAGAACGGGCACACUGCUGUUGUCGAAUUCAUCAUGAGCAGCCACCAGCACAGUGCAGACAAGUCGAAAAUGAACAAAAGUCUGCACAAGGCUCUGGCAGGGAGUGACGCCCAAACCUCCCGCUUCCUUUUGGUGUCUGGCGCUGAUGCGAACUGCGAACACGAGGGGAGGCGGCCCCUCCAUCUGGCAUGUUUCUCAGCUGAGAUUGUGGAGCUUCUGCUUGCGCACGGAGCCGACGUUGGCGCGGAAGACGAGAAGAAGAACCUCCCUUUGCACAAAGCGGCGUUUGCUCGCAACAAGGUCGCCCCGCGGAUUGUGCAGCUGCUGCUCGAGGCCGGGUCCGCGAUCGACCAGAAGAACGCGACGCACGACACGCCGCUGAUGAAUGCGUGUACGGCCCAAAACGUCGAAGUGAUCAAGGUGCUCGUUCUCGCCGGUGCGGACGCUCGCGCCACGGACGGCGAGGGCCGGACACCACUGCAUCUGUGCUGUGCGCGAGACGGCGACCACAAAGCCGAUCAGCACGAGGCUAUCCGUCUGCUCGCCAGCCUGCUCUGGGUCGACGUGGACGCCGAGGACGACAAGGGCCGCACCCCUCUCGACCUGGCGGCGCAGUCGUUCCGGAGCCCCGUGGUGCGCACGCUCCUCGACGUCGGGGCCGAUCCGGCACUCGUUGACCUGGAGCGCCUGCGUCACGGCAUCGUGGUGGCGCACGAGCCCCGCGCCACAAUCUACGAGUGCGAGGCCGUGUGGCAGAUCCGCAAGGCCCGCGGCCAGACCAAGUCGCUGUACGGAGACGAGCUGCCCGUCGGAUUCAAGCGCGUCCGCAGGCUGGACAGCACAGACAAGGGCGGGUCGAUGAAGCAGGUCAGCGAGGACGGCACCGUCGACAGUUUUGUCUUUGACAUGGCCGUCUUGAAUGCCAUUUCCUCGUUUCGGGACUUGUGA